AUGCUUCCAAAUCCUCAAUGCCCAUCCGUCCCACCAUCUGCCAAGUUUUCACAACACGUGCUGAUACAAGGUCGUCAGCUGCUCUACCGCACGCUGGACGGCGCGUCCGAGAGCGACUUCGACGAUGGGGCAACGGAAAGAUAUGAGGAGCGCGCGCGUCUCAUCUUCCGCAGUCUCCAGUUGCCGCUGCUGCACGACCGCACCCUUCAAUUGUUGGAAGUGCGCAUCGGCGGUCCCCGGGUGGACGAUUCAGGGUGGCAGCGGCUUCCUCCAACGGAUGCACAUGGCGUGGUCGAGGCUAAUGUCAGAUUCUCGGAUGACGACAUUCAGCUAAUCGAUCGACUGCAAGGCAAUGUCGCUGUAGAGGUGCGCCUUGCUGAGACCGGUGACACCGUUGACAGCACCGCAGCGCCCCAACGCAGGCCGUCUGCAGCACCAGUGCAAGCAGUCGCAGAGCUUCUGAGUCCGGACGGCUUCGGCGUCAUUUCUGACAUCGACGACACCGUGAAGGUCACUGAGGUGUUCUACGGCAUCAAGGCUGUGCUGCAAAACACAUUCCUGAAGACAUUUGAUGCCGUGCCAGGAAUGGCAGCCCUGUACCAAGGCUGGGCGAAGCAGCGGGCCAGCUUUCAUUACGUUUCCAAAAGCCCUCCGGAAUUGCACGGGCCUUUGUCCGAUUUCUUGCAGAAGAAGGGCUUCCCGGUUUCUUCGGUCCACCUUUGCCCUCUGCUGGGGCGCGACCGCGCGAAUUUCAAACUGCGCCAGGUGACGAGCUUGCUCUCCCAAUUUCCCAACAGGAAGUUCAUCUUGGUGGGCGACUCCGGUGAACGGGAUGCUGAGGUCUACGCCGAGAUUAUGCGAAAGCAUCCCUCGCAAGUUCUCAAGGUCCUGAUCCGGGCCGUCAUGGCAGAGGAUGUGGAAAACAUUGAAAAGGCCCGGGCCGCAUUUAAAGGCAUUGACGAGGCCAAGUGGCAGGUGUUCACAGAUCCUGCUGACAUCGUGGAGCCAGAGUCCCGCUCCAAGAAGCUGUACGAAGAAGCGCAGGUCUACCUUCACAAGGCCGUUACUGGCUACUUCAGCCCUCUGACGCUGCAUGAGGAAGAAGUUUGGCACGACUACGGCCUCGUUCUGUGGCACGUGGGCAGGCACAUGGAGGCUGCGCACAACUUCCAGAAUGCCGUCAUCACAAAUCCGAGCUUUCCCAAGGGGUACAACAAUUUGGCUUGUGCCUUGGUCCUCCUCGGUCUUUCCAACCAGCCGAUGAACGUCCAAUUGGUGCAGCAGGGUCUUCAGGCUGCAGAGCAAGCAAUCUCGCUGGCACCUCACACACCGCUGUAUUGGCGCAAUGCUGCCGUCCUGCUGAGCAUGACUGGAGAUCAGCAGUCCGCGAUCGCCGCAUGGGAGCGUUUCCGCCAAGCCGAUCCACGUACUGCGGCCGCAGAAGAGGCAUUGGGCGGCAUUCCUCGAGAUUGUACCUGGGAGUUCUAUUUCAGAUGA